CUUUAAUUUGCAACCUAAGCAAGAAACAUAUCCUAGUUUAUCCCCGAACAAACCUAGGAACAACAGUGCAUAAAAAAUCAAUUAUAGGUAGGAAUUAAAGUAAUGACUUCUAGUGAUGAACGUAUAUUAAGGAAUGAACAAGUCAUUAGAGAAGUCCUCAAAAUGUGCAACAAAUGUCCUUGUUGUGAAGAAGUUAUGCUGCAACCAUUUCCAAGUCUUAAUUGCAAUGAAGAUCAUCGAUUGUGUUUAAAAUGUUUUAAAGAAUAUAGCCAAAAGCCAUGCCCACAGUGUGUUACUGAUACUUCGAAAACAGAAAAUGCAUCCAAACCCAAACCUGAACCUAUUUUGCCAUUGUGUAAAUAUGCUUCACUCGGAUGCACAUAUUCAGUCAAAGAUGCACCACUUCAUGAAUCAGAAUGCAAAUUUCGAGAAUAUAUUUGUCCUGGAAAAUUUACAGGCAUUUUAAACUGCAAAUGGAAAGGCAAAUUAGAAGACAUCACAAACCACUUCCAAGACAAUCACAAAGAUAACAUUGGUAAAAUGAGUUAUCAGUAUACCGGUCUAAUAAACUUACACAAAAAAGGCGACAUACAAUUAUUCGACGCACACAAUAAAAAAUUCAUCUUUGUUUACGACCGUAAGCUACCUUUCCCCUGUAAUUCAUUCAUUUACAUAGCAUGUAUGGGAACGGAACAACAAGCAAAAAGAUAUUGUUAUGAAUUAGAGUUUUUUAAGCCUGCAGAUGUUGUUUCAUCUCUGAAGUAUCGUAUUGUUUGUGUAUCAGAUUCUGUUCAACCAGCUACUGUUAUACAGCGGAAUCAAUGCAUUUUUCUCUGCAAUAAUUCUAUCAAACAUUUUAUAAAUGAUGACACCUUGAAUUUUAGAUUUUGGGUUAAACAAGUGCAACAUGUUAUUGAUGCUAAGACUAAUCGAAAGAAAUAA